AUGAAUCGAGAAAUACCAGGAUUCUACUAUGACCCUGAAAAAAAGAAAUACUUUCGCAUCCAAGCAAGCCACAAAGCAGUCCCGGGGGCCCAAUACUCGAAAGAUGCCGUGAAGCGCAAACGCAUCGAACAGGAGAAACACGAGUGCAAAGCCCGCCAGACAAAAAAAAUAGCAAAAGAAAAGAUAAAAAAAGCCUCCUUCCUAUACCAUCCCCUAAUCGGAUGUGAAAGAGAGAUUGGCGCGCAGAAUGUCGCUCAUCCUGUUCGACGAGAGCAUCAGGGCUUGGUGUACGCCAGUCAAAUGCGGAGACGGGAGUUACAUCGGUUUGAACCGUGGCCGGAUGAGUAUUCGAUUCGGCAUGUGUUGAGGAAUAAGCAUUCGGGGGUUUUGGUAGCGGGUGGACAGCGUGGCGGGGAGUCAUCUGUUUCAAUAUGCUUCCCGGACCUUGACCAGGAUCAAUGGUCCUAUAACCGUACAAUGGAACGAGUUCUUUUCAAAGAGGCGUAUCGACUCUCAUCAAUAUCCCUAAGCCACACCGGCUACCUCCUCACAACAAUGGACAGCGGCCCAAACGGCGACUCCUUCCUCGCCCCCCGCAUGCUCCCAGACCCCGACGAAGGUGGCGACUACCGCUGGCCAUCAGCUUUUACCCACCCCAUCCGCAUCCUAACAAGCACAACCUACUGGUCCUCCGCCUCCUGCCCAACCCCCACGGGUCCAAAGCCACUCUUCGCAAUAGGUACGUCAGACGGUCUCCAAAUCCUAACAGGACAGGGAAGCCAUUGGUCCCUGUCCAAAACGCCGUUUCCUGAUGACAGAAAACACCGGCGGACGCAGGUGAAUGCUGUUGAGUGGCUGUCCGGUGAUGUCAUCGCGGGUGGAUGUAGGGACUCAAGUGUGUUUUUGCAUGAUAUUAGGAGUGGAGGGAGUGCGGUGAGGUUGUGGCAUCCUGGUGCUGUUGCGGUGAGGGGUGUUAGGAGGGUUGAUGAAUGGAGGGUUGUUGUGGGGAGUUAUAAUUCGUUGCAAAUGUACGACCUACGCUAUCCGCCAACUCAUCAACAAAGUCCGAACUCGAACCCUACGCGGCAUGCCGGACAUAACAAGAACAGAAAUGAGAGCAAGCGCAAACAUACCCAAAGCAACUGCAAUACCCCAACGAAACCAUACCUCGUCUUUCCCGAUUACUCACCAACCUACACCCCAGAAUACGACCUCAGUACCGAAUUAGGGCUGUUGGCCAGUGUAUCCGACGAAAACAAAAUCCAACUCUUCUCCCUCCGAAGCGGGGAGUUAGUCUCGCCAUAUACAUCACCCGUGUGUAGAUAUACAUACCCCAAACCAAUCUCCUCUGUCCGAUUCGAGGACGGAGACGUCAGUGCCAAAGGCCCGCAGACACCGGGGUUACUGGUUACAGCGGGAGAUAGCGUGAAUGAAUGGUUGUGGUAG